AUGUCGAUCCUCGAAUCCUUGUUUGGCCGCUCACAGACGCCCGCAGAGCGCUUGCGGGCGCAUUUGCGCUCGCUUCAGCGUGCACGGCGAGAGAUGGAUCGUGAGCGCACUAAGCUAGAGGCACAGGAGAAAACGCUCGUGCAAGAUAUCAAGAAAAGCGCACGGCAGGGACAGAUGGCGGCAUGCAAGGUCAUGGCGCGCGAUCUGGUGCGUACACGCCGCAACGUGCACAAAUUUUAUCAGAUGAGUACGCAGCUCCAGGCGGUUGGGCUGCGGAUGCAGACCUUGCGCAGCACUCAGCAAAUGUCCGAAGCGAUGAAAGGCGCUUCUAAGGCGCUUGGUUCCAUGAACCGGAGCAUGAAUAUCAUGUCUGUUCAGCGGAUUCUGCAGGAGUUUGAGCGCGAAUCUGGGACGAUGGAUAUGAAAGAGGAGAUGAUGAGCGAUACCAUGGAGGAUGCAUUCGGGGAGGAUGCCAUGCUCGACGGCGAGGGUGAGCAUGAGGAGAGCGACGCGAUUCUGCGCGAGGUGCUCGACGAGAUCGGGAUCUCGGUAAAUCAGCAGCUUUCAAGUGUGCCGGAGAGUGCACCAGCGCCUGCAAGCGCAGCAUUACCAGCGCGCGUCGCCGUGGGCGAAAGCGCGGGUGGUGCGUCAAGUGGUGUAGCGGAUUUGUCAGAGGAUUCGGCAUUGCAGGCGCGGCUAGAUAAAUUGCGCAAGAUGUAG